AUUUAUUUCUGAAACUUCUCAGCUAUUGAAGACAUUUCCAAAUGUAUCGAAGUUUCUCAAGAUUCUCUACACAGGUUUCCUAAAAUGUCUCUGUAUUAUAAAGAAGCAAUCACAUUUAUUUCUUUUUUGUAGCACUUGUGGCUGGUUUUGAAGUAUGCAAUUCUCAAUGUGGAAGUUAUUCAAGCAGCAACCUCUUUGGCCAAACAGGAAGGUCUUCUUGUUUCUUUGGAUUUGGCCAGUUUUGAGAUGGUGAGGAAAUUUAAGCCACCACUUACGAAGUUAUUGGAGUCUGGCGGCAAUAUAGACCUCUAUUUUGCCAAUCAGGAUGAAGCAACGGAACUUCAAUUGUAAUUUUUUCUGCUGGCUUCUUUUCCAAUCUCAUUCUCUUUUGUUUUGGUUGGAAAAUGUGUAGUUGACUCUGCUGGGAACUGUUUGCUGUUGUGCAUUGAUCACUUGGAGAACAUGACUAACUAUACAAUCAUGGUAGUUUGGUUCACACUGCAGGAAUUUGUUCUCAAGCCAUUGCCUCCCAAUAUAGUGCAUAUCAGGAUCUGAUUCAUGAAGCUUUCUAAAGAAAGCUAGUGUUCUCAUAACUCUGAUUCCUAAGGAAACACAAGGGGAUCUUGAUUAAUGGGCAAUUCCCAGAGCCUACUAUAGAUGCAGUUACAAAUGAUUUAAAAACACCAGGGGAUGAAUUGGAAGUGAAUCUCAAGAGUUGGGCUGUUAGCUCAAUAUCUAGCUUUCAGAAUAUUUACUUUUUGGAAUUUGAUUGGGAAGGGUGGUUAUGCUGAGGUUUACAAAGGGUGUUUGCUAAAUCAUCAGUUAGUAGCAGUUAAAAGACUAACAAGAGGAACAGCUGAUGAAACUAUAGGUGACUUUUUAUCAGAACUUGGAAUCAUGGCUCAUGUAAGCCACACCAACACUGCUAAAUUGGCUGGUUAUGGUGUGGAAGGUGGAAUGCAUCUGGUUCUUGAAUUGUCUGAAAAAAGAAGCCUAGCUUCAGUUCUUUAUGGGUUCAAGGAGAAGCUUCCGUGGUCUAUUAGGCAGAGAAUUGCAUUAGGAACAGCAGAGGGAAUAUUAUAUCUUCAUGAAGGUUGUCAAAGAAGAAUUAUCCAUAGAAAUAUAAAAGCUGCAAAUAUCUUACUCACUGAUGACUUUAAGCCUCAGAUUUGUGAUUUUGGGCUAGCAAAAUGGCUACCAGAGAAUUGGAAUCACCGUGUUACAAGAUUUGAAGGGACAUUUGGGUUUGUAACAUUAAGAAAUAAAUAAAUUAAUCCUCUAUAAUCUAUAUUUAAUCAAUUUUUGUAGCCUCAUAAUAACUUAGGUAUGGGUGACACAGAUACCUUGCUCUAGAAUACUUGCUCCAUGGCAUAGUAGACGAGAAAAUAGAUGUAUUUUGCCUUGUUAUCUAAAAGUUUAUAUUUAAAAUUUUAUUUUUAUAUUUAAAA